UGUUUGAAAUAUUACGACGCGUAGUGACCGCGGUUAAUCCUCAUCCUCAUCAUCAGUGAUCUAUUUUCUAUACCAAGUAUUAAAAAGUUCUUAUAAGCCUUAACUGUACAGUUGUUGGACUUAAUGACUUAUGAAGUUGCCUUAUCCAUCGCAUUUCGCAUCAUCGACGUCGACAUCGGCGACUAUACUAGUCUUCAGUUGAGUCUUGCACGGGCUGGAGUCUUUAUCUUUUGCAGUUAAGACUCUAGAGUAUUUUGCGGAGUAGGAAAUUCAAUGGAUUCAAAUACGAUUUGAAUUUAACGUGUAGAUUGUGGAUCAUAUUCGUGUGUAUAUUUAAGUUAUUCAGUGAUAAAGACCUUGUUUUGUCCUUUCACUUGAUCUUGACAUUCUUUGUAAAUUCAAAUUUAUUGUUAUUAUGACUGCGUUUAACGUAAAAUUAUUUCUUACAUGAGACGAACAGUCGAGUUGGUUUCGAAUGAUGGGCGUUAUUUUUAAAACGUUUAAAUUAAAGUAUUAUGAGUAAUAACUACUGUAUUUAUAUAUUGUUGUAAAUAUAUGUGUAAAUACUGUGAUAUAUGUGGAUAAAUGGGUGGAUAGUUUUGUGACAGUAUCUGUUUUAUUUAUUUAUACGUAUAUAUACGUAAACAUGCAACGCGAACAGACAAUCUUGGUGGCUGAUCCGAUGGUAUUGGACCAUAAAGCAACGAGCCUACACAGUGAUUACGGUAGUUUUGAUCGACCAUUAAGUAGCAACGGUGAGCAGAAUCACGACAGGGACAUUGAAGUUGCAGUUGAUGGAAGUACCAGUGGAAUGGCACAGUCGAGUGACGUUUAUCAGCGACAACCGCUUCUACCAGGAGCACCAGCUAAAAGUAAAGACCGUUGGGGUGCCGUUGGUUCUAGCGCAGACUACUAUGAAGAUGAUAAUGACAAAAUAGAUAAUAUAAGUCACACGCGUCAUACCAGUGGUAUUCAAAAUGGUAGCGGUAUUGUUAAAAUUGAUAUACCACCGCCUCUGAGAGAAGAGCCGCGUUUUCCAAAAGAGAAAUGGAAAACUGUAUUUGCAUUUUUAUUUAUGGUUUUUAAUUUUAUACUAACAACAACAUCACUUGCAAUGUUACAUGAACGUGUACCGGAUCGUAGUGUUGAUCCAUUACCAGAUAUUGUACUAGAUAAUAUUGAAGCACAAAAUUGGGCACUUGAUGUCUCGGAAAUUUUAAUUAUUAUUAUAUCUAAUUCUGCUGCGUUAUUAGUAAUAUUUCAUAAGCAUAGGUUUAUAGUUGUGAGACGAAUAUUUAUAUUAAUGGGUCUAUUGUAUAUGAUGAGAAGUAUAACAUUUUAUGUGACAGUCCUGCCAAUGUCUAGUAAAACAUAUUACUGUAGUCCUAAAUUAAAUCAUACAACGCCUCUUAUUAUAACUAAACGUGUACUGCAACUGAUAUCAGGUUUUGGAUUGUCGAUAAACGGCAAGCAUACUUACUGCGGUGAUUUUAUUUUUAGCGGUCAUACCGUUGUUCUUGUACUUUCUUACCUGAUUAUCAAAGAAUACUCACCAAAAAGAUGUCAACCAGUGCACUGGAUUGCUGGAAUAACAGCAUUUCUUGGUGUUAUUAUGGUGUUAAUAGCACACUGUCAUUACACAGUUGACGUUAUUAUUGCAUAUUGGGUUACAACACGAUUGUGGUAUAUUUAUCACACAUUAGCAAAUAACGCGCAGUUGAAGCAAUAUGGACCAAAUAAUUUUUUGGCACGAUUAUGGUGGUUCCCAUUGUUUAGAUACUUCGAAAAAAAUGUUGGUGCGACUGUACCAAGACAAUAUGACUGGCCAUUGCCAUGGCCGAGAAGAUUUCUUGCCAAGCAUCCCAACCGUGAUAGUUAAUACUCGUUAAUUUUUUUAAAUUACGAUGCUAACUUACGUUUAAAUGUGGGGUAAUAUUUUUUUAUUGUAUAUAAUUAUUAAUUACUUUUUUUUUUGUUUAUUAUUAAGUUAGUAAGUAAGUGUCGGUUUAGAAAGUUUUUUGUUUUAAGUAAAGUAAUAUCGAACGAAGCUCGAAUGAGUGAUUUUGUGGUUUUGUAACUAACGAGUAUGCGAAUUAAUUAAAGAAAAAAAAUAAAUAAAGAAAGAAUAAAACAUAAAUGAAUAAAUAAUGAUAAUAAUUUGAAACCAUACUACAAAGAUAAACAUUAUCGUCAUGUGGAAACUUUCCAGGAACUCUACUAUCACUUGAAUUGUCUGAUAAAUUUUUUUUUUCUGUUUAUACAUACAAACUUUUUUUUUAAAUUUUACAUACACGUACAAUUUUUAUUGAUGGAAUAUAAGUCUGCUUUAUUGAGUAAAAUUUUUCCACAUUCCUAUAGAACCUCACGAAUAUUCCUCGGUCAUAUUCAAAUUUAAAGUCACAUUAUUUUUAAAAUAUUAAAUAAUAGGGUAGAGGUACCGAUUUUCGGCCACUAAAAAAUUUGAAAAAUUAAUUUGUUGUGUGCGCAGUGACAAUUAAUUUUUGUUAUGCGUUCAGAGAAACUUUAAUUACCGUAUUGGAGUGAAAGUUUUUUUUUAGACACAAAAAAAAAGAUUUUUUGACGCAAAAAAAAUUUUUCAUUGUGGAAUGGGUGGUCGUUAAAAAUUAAAUUUUCUCAGGCGCCCCAUAAAAAGCUUCUUUUUAGUGAAAAAAUACGUGGGGAAUUUGAUUUUUUUUUUUUUAAGUAAAAAGAACAUGUGCCGCAGGACGAUCAAAGUUCAUUUUUCGAUGCAAUCGCGGUUUUUUUUAAAUAUCUCAUGAAAUAUGCAGAUUAAAGGAAAAAAUCAUAGGAACAAUUUUGUAGGAAAUUAAAUUCUUGACAAAAAAGGUCAUGUUCAUUUUUUUCAUAAAAUGUGUAUUUAUGAAGAUAUUUUAAAAAAACUUUUUUAGAUCUGAUGAAUUGAGCGUUUUAAGGAUUACAAAUUUUGAAAAUAACAUUUUUCUAAGUAUAUAGAAACUACAACAAGCAUUAAUGAUUGAUAUGUUACGAGUUACGAAGUUGUCUAUAUUUAAGAAAAAACUUUAUUUCUAACAUUCGUUAUCCUUAAAAUGCUCAAUUGAUAAGAUCUAAAAAAGUUAUUUUAAAAUAUCUUCAUAAAUAUGCAUUUUAUAAAAAAAAUCAACAUGACCUUUUUUGUCAAGAAUUUAAUUUCCUACAAAAUUGUUCCUCUGAUUUUUUCCUUUAAUCUGCAUAUUUCAUGAGAUAUUUAAAAAAAACCGCGAUUGUAUCGAAAAAUGAACUUUGAUUUUGCGGCACGUGUUCUUUUUACUUAAAAAGAAAAAACCAAAUUCCCCAGGUAUUUUUUCACUAAAAAAAAACUUUUUAUGAGCCGCCUGAGAAAAUUUAAUUUUCUAACGACCACCCUACUGUGGAAUGAUGAAAAAUUAUUUAGGAUUUUAAAAAAUUGCGCUGAGAAAUUUUUCUUGGCUCAAUUCCUAGUGAAAAAUUUCUUAGGGCAAGUAAAUUAUUUUUUUGUGUACUUUUUUAUUAAUUAAAAUAAAAAUUAAGCAGUGGACCCAAAGGUACUUCUACUCAAAUUAGUGAUCGGGGUUUGAAAAAAAGAACUGAACCUGUCCUAAUUAGAAAUCUUUAUUUAGAUCGUGGAAUUUUUUGUGGGACCAAAUAUUAAAAUAGUAAAUAGAUAUUUAAAUUCUGGAGAAAUAUUUAAAUAUAUGAGUAUUUUUUCCGAGAGCUCAAACUAGAAUUCAGUUUUUUUUUUUUUACAAAGUGAAAGUAUCUGAGCACUCAUUAGAUUCGAAUUUAAAAAUUAGAAAUAGUCAGAGUUCCCGAGAAAUAAUUGAGUUGUUUAUUAAAUUGAUGCGAAACAUGACAAAUAUAUGAGGCAUUAAUUAAUAAGUUUUAAAUAUUUAUAAAAAAAUGAAUAAAUAAAAUUCUAAUCUUCCUUACUGUCUACUUUUUAUAAUUUAAAAGCUAACGCUUAUUAAUUACUCUGUUAAAUUUAAUUUAUAAAAUAAAAAAUAGCAAAUAUAUAUAUGGUGUCAAAAUAUAUAUUUAUAUGAGUGGGAUUUGCAUUAGAAAACACUCGCCUCAAAAUAUGAGUUGGUAUUUAAAUUAAAGAUGGCCACCAUUAAGUAUAAAAAGUUCAUUAACGUUAAUUAAUAUUAUAUAUUUUUUAAAUAUAUGAUGGGAAGAAAUUCUUGACUACAAAACGUUCAAAUUAUGUCUAAAUUAUGUGUAAAAAAUAGGAAACAGUAAGAUUGUUCAAAUUAGUAAUUAUUGUUUCGUAAAAAUUCUAACCUCAAAUUAUAGGAAAAUGUAUUAAUAAAAAAUAUGAGUUUUGACUGAAAAUAAAAUUAUUUAAUUGAAGAACUCGAUGUUCUGCAGGUGAUAUUUAUAUUUAAAAUUAAAACAAUCAGUUUAAUGUUCUAUUGUAUCGCAUUGUUUACCCUGAUUGAAAACUCCGAUUAAAACCGAAUCAGAUUCAAUCGGAAACAAAAAUUAAAUUUGAAUUUCUUCAAAGUGCGCUAAGAAUUUGAUUGAAUUUCAAUCGGAUUUAAAUGGAAAAAGUGUUUAAUAUUUUCCGAUUAAUUCCGGUUGGAAAAUUUUAAUCAGAUUUGAUUGGAAAAAUUAUAAAUUUGUUUUUCGAUUGUUUUCCAAUUAAAUCCGAUAGAAAUUUUUUAAUUGGAUUCGAUCAGAGAACAUUAGUUUUUAUUUCAAUUAUUUUCCAAUUGAAAUUUUCCAAUCAGAUUUACUUGGAAAAUAAUAAAUUUAUUUUCCCAUUAUUUUCCAAUUAAAUCAGAUUGCAAUUUUUUAAAUGGAUUCUAUCAGAGAACAAUAGUUUUUUUU